AUGGAAGUAACCUCAGAUACUGACGUAUUCCCAUUCGUAAGGGAAAAGCAUAUCAAUUUCAUAAUAGAGCAAGAUUCACAUAGAUCAUUUGAAUAUUGGUUAACUGAACAUUUAAGAUUAAAUGGAUUAUACUGGGGUAUAACAGCAUUGGUAACGAUGGAUACAUUGGAUUCACUUCCAAAGGAAGAAGUAAUGGAUUUCGUUAUAAAAUGUUGGGAUUCAAAACUGGGAGGAUUUGGAGCAUUUCCAAAACAUGAUGGUCAUUUAUUAUCUACAUUAUCAGCAUUACAAAUUCUUCGAAUUUAUGAUGACGAGUUAAAUAUACUAGGGAAUAGACGAGCUCAACUUAUAUCAUUUAUUAAAAACUUACAAUUGAAAGAUGGUAGUUUUCAAGGAGAUCGAUUUGGAGAAGUAGAUACUAGAUUUGUUUAUGUAUCACUUUCUGCAUUAUCUAUAUUAGGAGAAUUAACUCCAGAAAUAGUGAAUCCAGCAGUUGAAUUCAUUAUGAAAUGUCAAAAUUUUGAUGGUGGAUUUGGGAUGGUUCCAGGUGCGGAAAGCCAUGCGGCUCAAGUAUUUACAUGUUUAGGAGCAUUAGCAGUAGCUGAUAGUUUACAUUUAUUAGAAAAUGAUACUAAAUUAUCAAAUUGGUUAAGUGAAAGACAAGUAUUACCAACAGGUGGAUUAAACGGUAGACCUGAAAAGUUACCUGAUGUAUGUUAUAGUUGGUGGGUAUUAUCAUCACUAUCCAUUUUGAAAAAAACCCAUUGGGUUGAUCUUUCAAAAUUAGAAAAUUUCGUACUAAGUUGUCAAGAUUUAAUUAAUGGAGGUAUAAGUGAUAGACCAGAUAAUCAAACUGAUAUAUAUCAUACAUGUUUUGGAAUCACAGGGUUAAGUUUAAUAAAUCAUGAAAAAUAUAAUUUUAAACCGGUUGAUCCAAUAUAUUGUAUGCCAUCAGAAGUCACUAAACAUUUUAAAAAAUGGAAAAAUUAA